UAAGACAGCAGAGCAUCCUUCCUACGAGAUCUCUGCGACGACACAGACAUGAUAUCGCUGUGGGACAGUUGUCUGCAGGAGAAAAUAAGCGAGCUUCAUGACGACACUUGGAGCAUUGUAAUUGAUGAUACGAUUGUGGAAAACAGGCCAGCUCGUGAUUGGCACCAGUACAUUUCUGGCUCCUUUGCACAGUUCAGGUGUUCUCUUUGUAGAAAAGGCUGGGGGUCUAAAAGAGUGCAGGUGCUGUUCAACUUCCACCUGAGCACAGCAAGCAAUCUGGGAACCAUUAAAGUGCGACGCUUCAAACAGAAGUGCAGGAGAUGCACCGAAGCUCAGUGGGAGGAUCCAAACUUCUCAGUGGAGAACAUUGAUGUGCUGGUUGAGAGACUGGUUAAAAAUAUCCGUGUGAAAUGCUACAGAGAGAACCUGGGUCAUUCGAACAGAGCCUCCGUGUUCGCUGGAAGAAUUAAUGGGCCGCAUGAAACUGCUCACUGUGAAGCCUGUCAUAAGGGGGUCUGUAGUCAGGCCAACUGAGACAAAUUAAUCAGCGGCUACGUCUUAUUUAUUCUUAUAAAUGGUUUUCACAAUGAUGUUCCGAUGUAGACAUAAAUAAAUCUUGAAAAAAUAACAAGGAA